CGGGACUCUGCGCGAGGAGGUGGAGCGUCUGGGUCGCUGCUCUUCCCACAACGUGAGCCUUUUCCUGUUACCAUAAAGGCAGUUUGUUACAGAUUUUGAACCUGCUGCCUCCUCCCUUCCUUUACAACAUGCAUAUUCAUCCCUCCUGGCAUUACUGCUGAAAGGAUGCAAACGUCCUUGUCUGAGCAUCAUUCGCAAGCCUCCUGCCCAUCUGUGAAUUAUUCCCUGACUCUUCCAUCAGGGCAGGGUUACAGGUCCUCUGCCGGCAGGAGGGAGCUCUCCAACAAAAUCUAAAGACCCAGAAUCUUUCGGAAGCUGUGACAAGCAGACUAGGAAGCCACAAAACAUUGUGAGCUGAACGGAUGUCUUAAUAAGCUUUUAGAUGUGCCUUGGCCAGUGUUGGCAGAGGAAGCUCAAGGGGAAAGGCAGCAAGCAUUGUGAGCUAAAUCACUGCAGACCCACUGGGCGUGACAGCCCUAGGAAGCUAAUGAUCUCAACGGGAAAGAAGUGACUGCAGUUAUCCAGCCACAGAACACGCAGUAGGACGGGAGGACAGACCCCCGGAUGUCCUGAAGAUGGCAUAGUAAUAGAGCCACCUUCCAAUGAUCGGGAGCAUCUGUCCCCGCGGGUGCCGGCCCAGGCCAGUGACGUCGUGCGGAGCUGAAGGGACGUGUCUACCUCUAUCUGGGAACCUCUUUCUCUGCUAAUUCAUGAGCCAGCAGGAUGCUGUCGCUGCGCUUUCAGAACGCCUUCUCAUAGCCGCAUACAAAGGCCAAGCGGAGAAUGUGGUUCAGCUCAUCAACAAGGGCGCCAAGGUAGCAGUUACCAAGCAUGGCCGGACCCCCCUGCAUCUCGCUGCCAAUAAAGGUCAUCUUGCUGUGGUCCAGAUCUUGCUGAAGGCUGGCUGCGACCUCGAUGUUCAGGACGAUGGGGAUCAGACCGCCUUGCACCGCGCAGCCGUGGUGGGGAACACUGAGGUCAUCUCGGCGCUCACCCAGGAGGGCUGUGCCCUGGACCGACAAGACAAGGACGGGAACACGGCCCUGCACGAAGCAUCCUGGCACGGGUUCAGCCAGUCAGUCAAGCUGCUUGUUAAAGCAGGAGCCAACGUGCUCGCCAAGAACAAGGCGGGGAACACGGCCCUGCACCUGGCCUGCCAGAACAGCCACUCCCAGAGCACGCGCGUCCUCCUGCUGGGCGGGUCCCGCGCCGACCUCAAAAAUAACGCAGGCGACACCUGUUUGCACGUUGCCGCACGCUAUAAUCACUUGUCCAUCAUUAAGCUCCUCCUCAGUGCUUUCUGUUCUGUCCAUGAAAAGAACCAGGCUGGAGACACAGCGCUUCAUGUUGCUGCUUCCCUAAACCAUAAGAAGGUGGUUAAAAUCUUACUGGAAGCGGGAGCAGAUGUAACCAUUGUUAAUAAUGCAGGCCAGACCCCGCUGGAGACCGCCCGCUACCACAAUAAUCCGGAAGUUGCUCUUCUCCUCACUAAAGCUCCCCAGGUCUUGCGCUUCAGUCGUGGGCGAAGUCUGAGGAAAAAGAGAGAGAGGCUCAAGGAAGAGAGGAGAGCUCAGUCUGUGCCAAGAGAUGAGGUGGCACAAAGCAAGGGAAGUGUCUCGGCAGGAGACACCCCUAGCAGUGACCAGGCUGCACCCAGAAAAGAAGAGGCCAGAGAAGAUUUCCUGUCGGCCUCCCCAGAGCCCCGAGCAAAGGACAACAGGAGGAGAAAGUCAAGGCCCAAGGUGUCAGCAUUUUCCGACCCCACCCCACCUGCAGACCAGCAGCCUGGACACCAGAAGAAUUUACAUGUUCAUAAUCACCCGAAAAAGAGGCCCAAGCAUCGAUGUUCACCCCCACCCCCUCCCCAUGAGUUCAGAGCGUACCAGCUCUACACGCUGUACCGGGGCAAGGACGGGAAAGUGAUGCAGGCACCAAUAAAUGGCUGUCGAUGUGAACCCCUAAUCAACAAGCUGGAGAAUCAGUUGGAGGCGACUGUGGAGGAGAUCAAAGCGGAGCUGGGAUCGGUUCAGGAUAAGAUGAAUACGAAGCUGGGGCACAUGGAGAGUAAGACCCAGCACCAGAUGCGUGUUCUGGACAAGCUGAUGGUCGAGCGACUCUCGGCCGAGAGGACAGAGUGCCUGAGCCGCCUGCAGCAGCACUCGGACACAGAGAAGCUUGAGGGCGAGAAACGCCAGAUGUCCUUGGUGGAUGAAUUAAAAACCUGGUGCAUGUUGAAGAUCCAGAAUCUGGAACUGAAGCUUACGGGAGACUCUAGGGCUAAAUCCACGCCAUCUACUUGCGAGUCCUCCACAGCUGUGGAUCCAUCAGUGGUGACGGCAGGUCCAGUUGCAGCUUCUGACAGUUCCCCUCGGGUGGUCAGGCCCAAGGAAAAGGGACUCGGCUCCACGGCCGCCCACAGGCUCCAGCAGGAGCUGUCCUCCUCCGACUGCACAGGCUCCCGACUGAGGAGCGUCAAGGUCCAGACAGCCUUGCUGCCCUUACAAGAGGCAGCCAGAUGUGAUCAGCAGGCCGGGCCCUGUGUCCACAGAGGCACCCAAACCAAGAAGUCUGGCAAAAGUGGGCAGACGAGGCAUCGAGCCCAGCCACCAGCACCCAGCACCACCUGCGGGCAGCCACCACCAGCUACCGGCAGCGAGCAGACUGCCUCUCACAUUCGAGACACCUCCCAAGCUCUGGAGAUCACCCAGUAUUUUUUUGAGGCUGUUGCUACCCAGAUGGAGAAGUGGUAUGAAAGAAAGAUUGAAGAAGCACGAAGCCAAGCCAGUCAGAAAGCCCAGCAAGACAAGGCCACCCUGAAGGAACAUAUCAAAAGUUUAGAAGAGGAACUUGCUAAACUAAGGACGAAGGUGCAGAAGGAAAAUUAGGGCCUGGGAAGUGGCUCAAGAAAGGAUCCUUGAGGAUCUCUGGUAUAGCGACUGCAGAAUAGCUGUGCCCCAAGUGUCAAUUAGAGUGCACAUAGCAGACUUGCCUUUAAAAAACAUCACUAGUUUCUAAAAUGUGCCAGACACACACACGUUUCCUAUGCCCUGAAGUUAUGAAGACGUCAACAAUUAAACUGAAACCAGGGAAAGCUUGUUUAGUUUCAGGUUUCAUUACAAACUUAAAACCUCAGCCCAGGUUCAUCUGAAGUUCAAAAGCUCAGAUUAAGCGAACCACCUAGAUACUCAAUGAUGUGUAAACCUAAACCCUAAAAUUCAGGAUGUACAAAAUAAUAAAAAUCAAAAGCAAGAAAAAAAAGUUAAUCCCCUGUGAACUUAAAUCAAGUCAUCAUUCAUGUAAACACACCUGCUGUGCCUAGACAAGAGUAUUUUUCCGUCAGAGCUGUAAAGGAGAUGCGCUAACGCCUCCCUCAAAUGCAGAAUUCUCAGAGUGCUGACACUCUAACCAGGUGAAAUUUAUCACACAGAGUCUGAGGGGAAAGGGAUUUUCAUAAUGUCACAAGAUCCGGUAUAACUGAAAAGAAAAUGUUUUAAAAAGUCAGAGUGUGUUUAAAAAAUGAGUCAUUGGAUAAUAGCACUGGGAAUGUUUGUUAAUAAUGAACACAGAUGAGAAAGAUUCAAACCAUUUGAUCACAGUUUCUAUAUUUUCAGUCAAAAUAUAGAAAUACUAUAUUUUCAGUGAAUCCUUGUGAUUUUAAAGCAGAUUAAGGGGCGCGGGGGGGGGGGGGGGAGUCACGUAACAAUUACCUGAAACAUCAAUAACCUAUUGAUAAUCCAACCCAUUUACCUUAGAGUACCUUCCUGAAUUUGAGUUUAUGCAUCUGUAUUUUAUAAAGAAACGAGGCUAUUUCUUGCAAGUAUUUCAUUUUUAAUUGAGUUCUGUCAUUAAAACACCCCAAAAGCUUUCGCACUGCUUCGCAGUGACUGUGCUGAGUUAGACCCCUGCAUUCUCCAGCCUCCGGGGUCCUGAGGGUUUUGCUCUGCUCUAUAGAAUAUACACAGUUACAAAAGUAGCUCCGUGUGUUGAAUCUUUCAAUUUAAUCAUCUUCAGACUUCUUGUCCCUUGGAAUGUGGGAUUAUAUUCAUCUCCUCAAAAUUCCAUGUAUGCAUAGAAACCUCAGUUCUAUUUCUAUAAACACAGGAACUGAGUAACUAUUGUCUGUAAUUUUGAAUAAAAUGUUGCUUAUUGAGCCAAA